UGGUACCGAAAACACCUGUUUAUCUGUCAGUGGGACGUUUGGUUUGGGUGACUCACAAAGUAAUAACAAAUAGUCUUGUUCAUUGAGUCCUCCUCCGCAAACUUUUCCAGAAAUCUUCGUGCAUGUCAGAUAGCGACAGCGAGUUUGAUUAUCCGUCAGAGAGCACAAGGCUGAUGGAUGGACAUGUGGCAACGAAUGGCGAGAUCCGUGCUCCACCCCCGGAAAAUACACGAAAAAGACAUACAUCAAGGAACAUAGAACAUGGAGAAAUGAGUUCUAAUACAUUACCUGAGGUUCAAACCCGACCAGAAAAUAGCCAAGCAGCCAGACCACAAGAGUGGUUAGGUGAUGAAGAAGAGGAAUUGAAAUAUGGUGCCAAACAUGUCAUCAAGUUAUUUGCUCCCGUUUCGCUAUGCAUGGUCGUCGUGGUUGCAACAAUAAGUUCAGUACGAUUUUAUUCUAUAAAAGAUGUUUAUCUUGUCUAUACACCAUUUCAUGAGGAAAGCCCAGAGACUGGCACAAAAGUGUGGAAUGCUGUUGCCAAUUCAUUUAUUCUUAUGGGUUUCAUUAUAGUUAUGACUGUGCUGCUGAUUGUCCUGUACAAACAUCGUUGCUAUAAAGUCAUACAUGGUUGGCUCAUCAUUUCUUCUCUAAUGUUGCUGAGUAUAUUCUCAUUUUUAUAUGUGGAAGAAGUUUUGAGAGCUUAUAAUGUUCCAUUCGAUUAUUUAACGUUGUUCAUUCUCAUGUGGAAUUUCGGUGUUAUGGGAAUGAUUUGCAUCCAUUGGAAAGGACCUUUAAUAUUGCAGCAAGCAUAUUUGAUAUUCAUUGCUGCUCUGAUGGCUUUGGUUUUCAUUAAAUAUUUGCCGGAAUGGACGACUUGGGCAGUACUUGCAGUAAUAUCAGUUUGGGAUCUUGUCGCUGUUUUAAUGCCUCGCGGACCUCUGAGGAUUCUCGUUGAAACGGCUCAAGAACGAAACGAACAGAUAUUUCCGGCGCUGAUUUAUUCUUCUACGUAUAUGUAUACAUACAUGGGGAUGGCUACCGGAAAUGACACCAACACCGCUUCCACAACUACCAACGGUGGAGGCGAUGAAACCAAUCGUAGAGCGAGCGGCGAAGAUGGUUUCACUGAGGAUUGGGUACAAAACCAUGCGGAGAGAGGAGCCCAAAGACAGAUAGAAGUGCACGAUGAUGGGACCACAGGAAGACCAAGAACAACCUUGUACCAAGAAGUGGAGGAGGAAAGAGGCGUCAAGUUAGGUUUGGGUGAUUUCAUUUUCUACUCGGUGCUAGUGGGUAAAGCCAGCUCGUACGGCGAUUGGAACACAACUCUGGCAUGUUUCGUUGCAAUCCUCAUCGGUCUCUGCUUAACUUUACUUCUAUUGGCCAUUUUCAAAAAAGCUUUACCCGCUUUACCCAUCUCCAUAACAUUUGGUUUAAUAUUUUAUUUUACUACUAAAGAAAUCGUUAGCCCAUUCGCUGAUAGUUUAUCGAAUGAGCAAGUUUUCAUUUAACAUCACUCAACAGUUUUUAAAUUGUACCUUGAUUUUUAAUUUAUUUUAUAAUUAUAAUUAAACA